ACAGCCUGACAAAUCGGGCUCGCUCUGGGGAGCGGGACGGUUCCCUUUCGCUCCUCUGAAGCCGCAAGUUGUUUCCAGUGUCUGUUUUACUCACAGAACACGGUCCUAAGUUUUGUGAGGCUCCUGAAUUGCCUUUUAAUUCCCCAGGCCUGAAUUCUGUCGAGUGUGGAUAACAAUUUACCUCUUAAGGUAGCUCGCAGUGAGAGGAGUCCGACCUGCACCUCUUCGAUGCGAACAAACCCACCACACAGUAGCGCUGCCCGCGCCCGGUCAAACACUUGCAUAAGCCUCUGUCAUAGCGAAUGUGCUCCUUAUGACACGGUGCCUGCUUUUUCUCCGGUUCUUUAUAUUCCCUUUUGGCUCUUGAUAAGCACUAAUUUGUGAUCCCAGAUAGCAGCCUUCAGUUUAUCAUAAACGCUACUUUUGAUCAUUUUGUUACCACAGCUAAUUAUUUUCUCCUGGCUUUACUUUUUGCCGGUGCUAUUUAGAUAGUCUCAGAAUAAUGUCAACUUAUUAAAGCGUUGAAAAUUGCUCUGAAAAAAUGAAUUACUGCCUUCCCCCCACCAGACCCAAAGCAAAGGCUGAGGAACUAACUUGAUCAUGUGAAGGCCAAACUUUGGUUCUGCAAUAUCAAAACAGGACAAAAAAGAUUGUGGAUUUGUUGCUGGUUUUUAAACAUCCUUUGUAAACAUGACUCCUCUAGUAUCUCUAAGGUGACAAUGCAGGAGCUUCUGAAACUCUCAGAAAGAAUAUAGGAGAAAAUGAAAGCUUUUUAAUGUUUCCUGUUAGCUGUUAGUCUUCAUUAGGUCUAAGGUGUUUAUCUUCUACCUAAGCAGAAAGAUAAUCAGCAGCAUAAGAAUCAGCAGGAAAAUCUUGAAAACUAUUAUCAGGAGGCCUUCAAUAUGUAGACUAAAAGAGGUUACUUUACUGAAACAAGGCCAAGAUAUAACUUCAAACAUUAUAUUGACAAAGUUUUUGGGGAACCAAAGUGUGCCUGAGUGGUUCUGUCUAAAGAAGAGUUCAGCCUGAGCAGAUGCAUCGUAUCCCAGUGGAUAGAUAACAUGGGUGGGUGAGUUUGUAUUUGUAAACAAACAUGCAAAAAGUUAUUGCAAUGGUUCCGCACAUCCUGUGUCAGAGAGGCAACUUCUCUGAUACUAUUGAGUAACAGUGGUGCCAUUAAAGAGGUACCAUAAAGGGUUGGUUAUUACUUGGUAGACACUCUUUAAAGGACUUGAUGGAAACUGACUGACUUACUGCAAAAUAUUUUUCUUAUAGAACAAUAGUUAUUUCAAUUUAGUUAAAACCCGCAACUAUGAUGAGGUUAAGUACUAAAAGAAAGAUUGUUGUUAUUCAUCUACCAACUGACUUGACAUUUACACUCACAUUUACAGUUAAUUAUUGUUUCUAAACUAGACUGAAAAAGAGAGGAAAAACUUACAUUCUCCACAGUUUUCCAUGCUAACCUCAGACAUGUAUAAAAGAGUGAUUUUUAUUGUUGUUAUUGUAAGUCUUACUUGUCUUUAAAGGCAAGAUAUUUUUGCAGUAAAAAAAUGUAGCCAAAGGACAUUUUCUUUAGCAAUAAGGUAUAAAGAGUUAUUUGUGAGAGAUAUUUCUAAACAAGUACAAUCUUGGAAAAGAACUGGGAGAGGGAAAAUUAAUUUUGUCUGUUCUUUUAUAUGACAGUUGCUUUGCUGUACGCUGUGAAAAGCAAUAAUCUAUAAGGGUUAGCAAGAAACAAACCUCAAAUAUUUUCAGCUAAAAAGCUAGGAAAUAUUUAUUGUUGAAAUAUCCUUAAAUUUUGCUUUUGGAACAGUUUUCCUUGAAACCAAAUGAUACCAGUUGAAGUGAGUAAUUCAGUCAAUGCAGAGAAAAAUACUGUAGUAAUUCAGAAACAGUGCAUAGAAUUUUAAAUCUGUUUUUAACUUUAAGGUUUUCUAUUAAGCUCAAUGCAACUGGUAGCAAUAAACAUAUAGGAUUUAAAACUGCUAAAAAGUUUCUAAAACCAGACUAUUAAUAGGUAAAGUAAAUGGGAGUAAAGUAAAUGUGAGAUUGUGUCAGGAGGAGAGGUCUUCUAAGUCCAUUUAAUUGUCGUGCCUUAUUUGUUGAACCUACUUGAUGUUUCCAUGUGACUUCCCCGAGGACACAUCAUAAAGCCCUGGUAAGCCAUUAAGUCCUUCUUCAGCACAACCAGUUAAGUAGUUCAUAUCUUUGUCUCCACAACUUCUGCAGUUUAACUUGAAGUGCCAUGGAGAGAGCAGUAGGGGAAGUGUGCAGUGCAUAUAUAGAGCUGCUUUUGUCUUCAGAUUCUAAUUGUUUCAAACACAUAAAUAAUCUUCGAUAGAAGAUAUGACUAUGCUGGAAUAUUAGAGCCUGAUAAAGAGCUUGAAAUUUUCCUCUUGCUGCUCUGAUAAUAUCAGAAGAUGGUAUCAUCAGGCUUUUAGUAUCCAUUUAAUAUCUAGUGGAAAAAGUUUUUUCAUCUAACCACCUCACAAAUUAACAUAAUCUUUUCCCGUUCUACACUUAUUAGCACUAAUAUUGAUAAAUCCGAUGUGCUAAUAUAUUAUCUGUUGUAAUCUUUUAAAAUCCUGCUAUGUGGCAGAAUCUGUUUCCUCUUGGCUGUUUGCCCAGGAUGUUUCCCUGUGCUUCACUUGGGAAUACUUCAGGAAAAUACUCAUAAUCAUCUAUUCCCAACCUUGCUCUGGUUUGCAAAGCAGGUCUCAUUUCUGCAGGGCUGGGCAGUCAGAAGAGGGGCUGCAGCUCCUUCUGGAAAAGCUGUGUAGGGCUUGCAUCGUGUAAGCAAUGCACAAGAAUGGUGGUACCAAAUGAUGACUCGAAGACUAAGCUUCAUCUGCAUUGUGCCCUGGAUUAACAGGCCUCUAGUGUGAAGGAAACAAUUGUUUUUCAGUGUUUUAAGAAUAUUGCUGCUUUAAAAAUAAAUCUAUAGCUCAACAGCCUCAUUGAUGUAUGGAUGCUGGUUGUAUUUUCUGUGACUGAAAAAUGUGUUGUCAAAGUAUUAGUAGCAGCAUGGUAGCCAAGUUCUAUUUCAAAGUGAAAUGUACAGCUUUAAUGACAGUUCUGCAAAGAUCAGUUAUUUGUGUAUUCUUUCUAUCCUUUAUACAGGCAACACUUAAUGAAGUACACACAUUACUAAUGUCCAUCCUGCAGAGAAAUGAACUGUGAAAAAAUUUAAGCAAACAUGUUCCAACUGUUCAUACGAAGGAUUACAUAAGUUAUACAUUGUGUUUCCACAAAACUUUCCCCACAAUUUGCUGCUGCUCAGCAUGUACUUCACUUAGCUUCCUUUAAUUAAAAUUUGCAAACAGAAAAGCUUUCCAGGGCUAAGAGACUCAUGUGCUUUCCCGGAGUUUUGGAGCCACGUGUUUCAAGAAUGGCUGGGUACACCACACCAAUAUAAUAUAAAGGCAACGUCAAUCACCUUCUCUCACUUUUUAAUAGCUCCCCUCCACGGUUCUCAUUCUCUGUUACUAGAAACUUAAGAUUAAAGGAACUUUACUAUAUUUCAAGUACAGUUUAAUCCAUUAAGAUGGAUCUCCUCCAUAGCAAUGGCGUGCUUAUCAUUCAGCAUUUACAGAGGGACUACAGGGCUUACCAGGAUUUCCUUAAUUUUAUGUCACAUGUUGGUGAUCCGCGGAAUAUAUUCUCAAUUUAUUUUCCUCUUUGGUUUCAGCUCAACCAAGUGGUUGGUACUAAAAUGAUAUGGGUGGCAGUCAUUGGUGAUUGGUUCAACCUCAUAUUUAAAUGGAUUUUAUUUGGCCAUCGCCCAUACUGGUGGGUGCAAGAAACAAUGAUUUAUCCUAAUCAAUCAAGCCCAUGCCUUGAACAGUUUCCCAUAACGUGUGAAACUGGACCAGGAAGCCCAUCUGGACAUGCCAUGGGAUCAUCCUGCGUCUGGUAUGUAAUGGUCACUGCAGCACUUAGCUACACAGUUAGAUGGAAAGAUAAAUUAGCUGUUACCCUUCACAGACUGACAUGGUCAUUCCUCUGGAGUAUUUUUUGGAUUAUCCAGAUCAGUGUGUGCAUUUCAAGAGUAUUCAUAGCAACACAUUUUCCUCAUCAAGUUAUUCUUGGAGUAUUUGCUGGCAUUCUUGUGGCAGAAGCAUUUGAGCAUACCCCUGCUAUUCAGACUGCGAGCUUGAGAAUGUACAUCAAGACAAACUUGUUUCUUUUCAUCUUUGCCCUUGGGUUUUAUCUAUCCCUCAAACUUCUUGAUAUUGAUUUGUUAUGGUCUGUUCCAAAGGCCAAGAAGUGGUGUGCCAACCCAGACUGGAUAAACAUUGACACAACUCCAUUUGCUGGACUGGUGAGGAAUUUAGGGGCACUCUUUGGUUUAGGUCUUGGAAUUAAUUCUGAAAUGUUCAUCACAAGCUGCAAAGGUAAAAAUAGCUGCAAGCUAAGUUUUCGCAUAUUGUGUAUAGCUGCUUCUUUAGCUACACUGCAGCUGUAUAAUUUCAUUAAGAUACCUACUCAUACUGAGUAUUUGUUCUACAUUCUCUCCUUCUGUAAGAGUGCAGCUAUGCCUCUGACUGUAGUUGCCUUGGUUCCAUACUGUGUCCACUCAUUAAUGAAGACAACUGAAAAGAAACUUAAUUAAGUAAAGGUUCAAAAUGAUUAGCAAUGUGGGGAUGGAUAUGAGCUGUUCAAGAACCUUCCACAAAGGCAGUUUUGCUAACUCAUUUUAACUAAAGGGAUGCUACUGCAUCUUUGAUGUGCUCCUGGUAAGUAACCAGUACGUCCAAAAUCAGUACACUCUAGAAUGAUUUUGGCAGCUCAUAAAUAUUAGUUGCUGAUUCCUAGAAAUAUUGCAAUCACACUGCAGUAUGGUUAGAAAUGACCCAAUACUCUGGGUCAUAACAAAGUUUUAAAGUAUAAUCAACUAGUUUUAUUUAGCUAUAUGGUGGUCUUUAAGUUCUUUCCAUCUCUAGCUAGAUGAUGCUUCAAGCAUCAGUUGUACAUAGUGAUACUCGGUAUUUAAUUUUUAUAUAUAGAUACUGUGUGUUAAACUGCUACAUAAUGGUGUGACGGUAUCACACCACCUACGACUGGACUGUACGGCUGUACCCAGGCACUGUGAAAAAGGCCAGCGUAGUUAUAAGCAAGGCUUUACAUUUAACUUAUUGAGCUUCCUGAGCAAAACAGCUUCUGAUUAAGUCAGAUGAGAAAAAAAAGUUUAUUUCCAUUAUACUCUGCAGAAUAUAUUUUUGCAUUAUUAUGUGGGUUUUGUCAUUCUUACUUUUUCAAAGUGGUCACAUAAAUCAUGAAUGAUACAGAUCACACCUUUGAAAGUUGUCAAUGAUGAAAUUAUCUCAGUAUAUGACCUCAAGAAUAUUGUUCAUGCUCCUAUAUUGCAAAGAUAGCUCUCUGCUAAUUCUCUCAGAUCAAGAGACACAAGCCUGAAUCACUGUUAGUAGUUGUGUAAAUCAUGAAAAUGUGGUUGCAGACUGUCAUUGCAACUUUAUAUUCUUGUCAGCUUUGUUUACCUAAGCACACAAGUAGCUCGUAUGUUAAAUAUGUUUGCUAUAUAAAAUGGAUGUUCUAAAUAGGCAAAGGUGGGUACUUUCCAUUUUUACUCAUUAUUUGGCAUCUACUGUUGUAUAUUCCCUUUCAGUACACAAUUUUUAAGCAAUAUUUUGCUGAUACCAUCUCAUAAUACUUGGUAUACAAGCUGUUUAUACAUAGCCUUAGUAUACAAGGCCAUAAGAUGAGUAAUGAGGGCUGUGUAUGUAUGAUCUGAAAAAAAUAAGGCUUAGAAGAUGUAAACAUGAUGUUGUUUCCAGACUUCCAAUUAGGUUUGGGAUAAUUCAAACUGAAAGAAUCUUAUUUAAUUUGGGUAAACAAAGUGAAUAGUUUUGUAUUGGCCUUUAGGAAUAAACAUUAUACAAAUUACAGCAGCAAAUCUGAAACAGGCAUCCUUAUUUAAGAGCCUAGUAAGACUACCUUGACUUAAAAAAAUGAGUCAUCUGUUUUUAACAGUUUGAGGAGUAUUCUACUUUGUGUAUCUCCUCAUAUCUUCUGUACUGGAUCUCUGAACUCUUUUUCCUGCAGCAGCUGACCUGAAACUAGUCUUUUCUAUAAUUGUAAUUCCUUAAGCAAAAUUACUAAACUAAUGGGACUAGAAACAAAUAACCAAGAACAAAGACAGCCAAGACAAAGAUCAGCUGUGUUAAGUUGCUCUGUGCUUUGUUAUUCCAUACCAGUGAGGUGACCUACAGAGGCAUCACAGAACACUAGCAGGUUGGUCUAGCUGUCCUUCUAUUUCUGGCUCCUUCUGGCCAGCAGUAGGGGAUGCUUUCACAACAGCAUUUGGAUUUAGUGGCAAUGUUGGCAAUUUUAAGCUGGGAGUUAUGGGUAGACAUCACAUUUUUAAGCUUCUACCACAUGAGGGUCUCUGCUUCCUGGCCCUGGCAAAGAAUCUUGGUGCCUCUGUUGGGAUAGACACAAUUAUAAAUGUAGAAUGACAACUGGCAUUUCUGCAGAAGACAGCAAAUCUACUGUCAAGACUAACAAUUCAGGCUUGAAAGAUGUAAGCAAAUGCCUUUGGGUUGGCAAAUGCCUUUGGGUUGGCUCAGGGACUUGUCACCAAGUUCCAGGGCUGGGACAUCUUGCUGUGAGGCAGCUACGGCGGCACGACCAGUCCAGCUCUGCACCGAGCAGUCCAUCAAGGCUUGUUGCUCAUGCCCAGACAUACUGUGUAGCUCCACUUGAAAUUUAAUCCCUUUGCACAGGUACCAAAGGUCUUUAUAAUCAACUGGUUGUCAGUAGCACAUAGAAAUUAAGUGGCAGGAGCUGGCACUCAGGAAUGUGCAACUGUUUGUGUGUGCUGUGAGUGCCUCACAUGCAUGCUUCUGGGAAGUACCAGCAUACUUCCCAACACUUAGCUCUCGAUAUUUCCUAGCUGCUUGAAAACAGCAUGAUGUUACAAUGAAGAGCAGUAGCAGUGCCAUCUAGGUGGGGCCGUGUCCCUGUGCUCCUGCAAGGGGAUGACAGGCAGGGGCUAGUGUUCUUGAGCUGGCCUUCUCUGCAGCUCUGUCCUGCACAACAGACCCUUGUCACAGACAUGAUCCAGUUACCCAGAAAUACCUGUUAGCUGGUGCAAGAUAUUCAUGUGCCUGUCUGAAGGGUAAGAGAAGUGCUAAAGCACAAGAGCAAGUGAAAAAAUACAAUUCAUUGGUUUAAUUUGGGUCAUGAAAAUGGUGUCCUUUUAGGCAAAAGACUUAUGAAAUAAGUACACAUAGUCAUGGUAGUUUUUAAUAAAGAGUCAUUAUUUUUCCAUGGCCUUAAAUACUAAUAUAAAUUAAAUAUCAUAUAGGUAUGUCAGUAGCUUAUUCAUACUGAUAUUUAUAUUGAUACUCUGUCGAUAUUUUCAGUCCUAAGCCAUCAAACUAAUUAUUGCUCUGAAACAUAAAAAGGCUGAAAAUAUUAAAGCAAAUAAUGCAGCUUUUUUUUUAAUUUCUAGUUAAGGUUUAAAAUACAGACUUCCUUGAGAAAAUAGCCAUUUCAGUGCCAGCUGUGUGAGUUCAGUAGGGACUUUGGCAGCAAUUCUAUUAAUGGAUUUGUACAAAAGUUGAAAUUGGUUUUGCUGCCUGGAAUUAAGGGAUGUAUCCUAAUAAAAUUUUCGUCCUUACAGCUCUAUUCAAUUACUGAUACUGUUACAUAGUUUUAUAAAAAGUGGUGUGAUUUUUUUAUAAAGUGAGUGGAACUGCCCCCUGCCCUGCAGAUUUUAGGACAUGGAGAAUGACUUUUCUGGUUAAUACUCUAUUAUUCAAAAUCAAUAUUUAAAUGUUGGAACUGUAAUUUAUACUUUCAGUCUAUCUGCUUUGUCUCCAAGAUCCUAGUCACUAAAGCAAAGAGUGCUGUUGUGGUGCAGACAAUAACUCAUAUUUCAGAGAAACCUGCAGUAGAUCUUGUAAUAAACUGUGAUAGAUACAAGCUUCUGCCAAAAGAAGCUCCUUCUUGACCUUUGUCAUAUCUGAAUACAUUGUUGGUGUUUAUCAACUGUAUUUAAUGCAAACAAAGAGCUAAUUAUGGGGGGUUUUCCACCUUUACUGAUUAUGAUUUCUAUAAAAAUACACAUUAUUGUCUUGCCUUCCAAAAAAAAAAAAAAAGAACUGGUUUAAAUAACUGAUGAUUAACUGUGGGAUUUUACAUUAAUUUAUCCAAAGCAUGUAUUCCUAUUCAAAAAUCUAUUUGACAGCUUUGAUUAGAAUGGUGAGUGCUAGGUGGAGAGUGGUGGGCUAGGAAAUGAUCCUCACCACCUUCUGUUCCUCGUCUUGAUUGCUUUCCUUACUUUUGUGGAGCUGCCUUCUUUGUAAGUACUUCCUGGUUUUGUUGAAGGGGCACCGUGGUGUCAGUGCUGUGGCCACACACGGGGGAAGUGCAGCCUCCUCCUCAGCACAGCUGAACUGUGUGGUACGACGGGGUGAAAGGGUGGGGCUUCUGUACCCACAGGAAAGGGAUCUGCUGUAAUCCUCUGCAGACUGAACAUUAGGAGAGAUGUGAUCCCUUCAUAUGUACAGCAUCAUUCCUGGGAUUGUUUUCACUCAUUCAACUUACCUAGAGAAGGGGCAGUUUCCAGAACACUGGAGCAGAGUCUUCCUUGAUUGCUAGUUGAGGCAUGACAGGACUGUGCAGUCUGACUGCAGCUAGUGGCAAUUCCACCAGAUCAUCAGAAAACAUCCUUCCCAUUGUCAGGCUUGCUUUCCCCUAUCAGUGGGCUAAUUUACUUCCUGAAUGCAUUAGCCUGUGCCUAGUUCCCUGCAUGUGCUGGACAAAUGUGCUUAAUGCAGAGCUACAUACCUUCAGUGUUCCACAGGCCUCACAGUACUGUAGAGCACUUCGUAGCAAAUGGAGCACCAACAUACACAUACCUAUCAUAAAGAGUUUGUUUACAGAAAUCUUUCUAAUUUAGAAUCACAGUAAUUCAGCUAAUAGGGGCUCCAGUAGUAACAAGUUUCCAAUAGGCUCCCUCCAUGGCCAUCAGUUCAUCAUGAGUGCCCCUUUCAAUGACGAGUCCCUGGGACAUCACCGCAAUGAUGUCGGCGUUCUGGAUGGUGGACAAGCGGUGGGCAAUGACGAUGCAGGUCCUCCCUUCUCUGGCCUUAUCCAGCGCUGCCUGCACAGUCUAAAGGCAACAAAGUGUCAGAGUGAAAAUAUGCAAACCAAAUCAGGGUUCAGAGCUGCAGGGCUCAGAGCUCAUUGCUUCACAUAAAUUGGCUUUUAAAAGUGACAAGUGAAUGAGGCUAAAUCAAAGGUUAUGAUACUGGUGUGCUUAGCUGGGUCAUGAACUCUGUUCACAAGCAGUACAAAGGAGGAACAGGUAAACACAGACAGUAGUAGAAAUUAAUGAAGGCUUUUACUCAGGUAAUGUGCUCAGUGUCAGCUCAGUGUGGAUAUGGUUUUAAAUUCCACCAUUUCUCUAAUGCCUGCAAGUAACCAAGCUACACAAAUUAUCACCCAAGUUCUUAGGCCCCUCACUGCUGUUUUUAUUGGCUAGUCAGGAUUAUUAUUUGUAUGCAUUAAUACAUUUUUAUUUUGGUUGUUUUUUAAUGUACAGUUACAUUUAUGAACUAUUCCCAUCUGAAUGCUUUGAAACCCAGGCAAUUAGUACCCACAUUUCUGAAAAAGUGCUGCCUCUUAUGGACAGUUUAGGAGCCCUUGGAGCUGACUGCUUUUUUUUAUAGCUGUGCCUCCUGCAUCUUUUGGAAAGAUCAUUAAAGAUGGAAGUGCUGAAUUCACAAUACAGAAUAACGUGCGGUCCUGUAGUGGAGUAUGUUGGGAUGUCUCUAUAGAACAGAAAGGCUUUGUACACCAUAAGCCAUUGUAUUAACUUUCCCCUAUUGCCCAUCACUGCACAUCUACCUUUUCGCUUUCCGUGUCUAAGGCAGAGGUAGCUUCAUCCAGUAAUAAAAUUUUAGGAUCUCGGAUGAUGGCCCUCGCUAUGGCAAUGCGUUGCUUUUGCCCACGAGACAGCUGGGAUCCUUGUGCCCCAACAUUAGUUUCAUAUUUCUGAAAAAUAUACAAAAGGAAGAUUUUAUUCACUUGUAAGCCAACACAGCAGCACACAGCCUGAAGGAAGAGGAGGAGGAGAGAGGCAAAAAUGCUGACCACAGCUGCCUCCUCCUUACAGAAGCCAGGGAUGCAGAAACACUGUGCAGUGCUACACUUGUUUGAGGAGAGGUUUCCAUGCCAUGCUUUGCCUGCACGUGCUCAGAGGCCCAGGCAACACAGUGAUGAGCCUGGAAGAAAACUGUGAUAGCAAGAUGCUGGCUGAUUUGUCUGAGGCAAAAAGAAAUCCCCUGCCCUAGACUCGGGAGAAGAUGCUAAGAGUAAUUUCAGAGCUUGUUUUGUUUGGGUGCCUAAAUUGUAUUCGCACCUUUAAUGUUCUUUUGAUUUAUGUUGAUAUGAUUUCAGUGCAUUUAAAUACUUCUUAAGUGAACAUAAGCAGCCAGCUUCAAAUACUUUUUUCUAAAUAUCAUGCCCUAGUCACAAGGCAAAUCUCUUACAGCUGAGAACAGGAUUUAUAUAUUUGCCUACUGUGUAAGAAGCCAGUAGCACCUCACAACCACAGUCUCAGGAACAUAAGGCAUGGUCAUGGCACCCUCUUUGCUCCUACAGCUGUAAAAGGACAUAAAAGGUGUACGUGUGUAGCAACUUUAACUGGGUUUGGAGCAACCCCCACUGCAAUGAGCACUGAACAGCCUGUCUGUAAUUCCACAGCCAAGGCCUCACAGGUACUUACAUUAGGCAAGGACAUGACAAAAUCAUGCAGUUGAGCCUUCUGGGCUGCUUCUAUGACUUUUUCCAUGGUCGCCUCUUUCGUGUUACUGCCAUAUUUGAUAUUAUCAGCAAUGCUGCAGUCAAAUAGCACGGGCUCCUGUGACACUAUUCCAAUUUUUGAUCUAAGAAACUGUACAUUUAUGUUCUUAGAGUCAUGUCCAUCUAUUAACUAUAAGGAAAUGGGAGAAAACUUGAAACAUCAUUAGGAAACAACGGCCUGCUACACCCAAAUACUUUAUAGCAAAACUAAACGAUUGAACUAAAUUAUUAAAAUGCAAACACAACUGAUUUAAAGUGAUUAAAAGAAUUGCUUAUAUUUGUCCUUUGUGCAUGAUGUGUAUUUUGUGUUAUGGCUUUCAUUCAGCCAAAUGCUAGACCAUUUGCUCAAUAUUAAGUUAUAGUGAACUAUCUAAUUGCUUGAGGUUAGGCACAUGCUUUAUUGCCUUCCUGACAUUGCGAUCACCACAAGGAUUUUUUCCAAAGAAAGAGAAAUCAAUCUAGAUGGGUAUUUACAUUAGGAAAACAUAUAAAAGCUUACUAAGCUAUCAGUAAUCAAGUUAAAUCUAGACAAAUUCAACCUGCAAAGAGGCUGCAUAUUUAGGGAUGUUCCAGGUUCUUUGUUGCUCCAUUUAGACUUGAUUUUUUCUUGUACUCCCACAAUAUACAGCACACAUUAUAUGUUUCAUGCAGGAGCUACAAAGGCAAAAGCCUAUGGGGUACAUAAUGCAUAAGACUGCACCUGAGGCUUGUAGUUCUCUUAUUUUGCCUGAAUACAUCUGAGAUGAUAUUUGGGAACUGUCCAAACAGUCCAUUUGUGUUUGAGAAGGAGCCAAAGCCCCAACCUGCACAUGUACACGCCACCACUGCUAGGCUGCACAGGAGGACACAGGCAGAAGGCCCCUGGAGCACUGCUGAGAACAACAGCACAGAAACCAUGUUUUCUUUGCUUACCACACUUCCUUUGUCAGGGUCAUAGAAACGCUCCAGAAGCUGGACACUGGUGCUCUUACCACAACCACUACUUCCAACAAAUGCUAAAGUCUGUCCAGGCUUAACAGCGAUAGAGAGUCCUUUCAGAACCUGAAUAUCAGGCCGAGAAGGGUAUGUGAAUUUACAAUUAAGAAAUUCAACACUUCCCUUGAAAUCCUCCUGGUGAAAAAAAGAGAGAGAAAGAUGUUACAAUGACCUAAAGCUCAAAACUGAAAGUUGUAAGGUACAAAAUAAGUCUUCCUCAGAUACCAUUCUGGCAUCUCUUGUUUAAAAUACAACAUUCGUGCUUGUGAAAUUAGCUGAGGAAAAGGGAUAAAAACCACACUGGAGUAGCUGUCCUAGACAUGAAGCUAUUAGUCAUAACACUAUUUCUCUGCUUGUACUUCCCCACAUGGCACUGGUCAGAGCCAUCAAUUGAUGGGAUUGCCUUGCAAAUGGGUAAGUUUUUAAUUUUAAUACAGACACUCUGUAUAAAAUAAACAAUUUGAAUUUU